AACACAUAAAACAAAACGCCUCCUUCUCGCUCGCUCUAAAACCUCUGUUUCUUUGCGUUUAGGGUUUUACGAAGACUCAUUCAUUUCUGAGCAACAACAAGAACAAUGGCGAGUCCUGAUCCUGUGCAGCGGCCUGCACUGUAUGUCGGUGACCUCAACGCGGACACCACCGAGUCCGACUUGCAAGAAGCUUUUCAAACGGUGGGUCCUAUCGCCUCCGUUCAUCUCUGUCGCUGCUCAGUCACGGGGAACAGUCUCCGUUAUGCCUACGUCAACUUUCAUAAUCAUUCUGAUGCGUCUAAGGCUAUGGCUUGUUUGAACUACACUGACUUGAAGGGAAAACCAAUGAGGAUAAUGUGGUGCCAGAGAAAUGCUUCUCUAAGAAAAUGUGGCACCGGUAAUCUCUUUAUCAAGAACUUGGAUCCUUCAGUCAAAGGCCCCUGUUUGCUGGGUUUGUUUUGCCAAUUUGGAACUGUACUCUCUUGUAAGGUGGCUGAAGAAAAUGGCAAGAGUAAGGGUUUUGGGUUUGUUCAGUUUGACUCGGAGGAAUCAGCCACUGCAGCUCGUACUGCUCUGCAUGAUACUGUUUUCCGUGGAAAGAAGUUAUAUGUUUCGAAAUUUGUUAAGAAGAUUAACAGGAUAGCCACUGGUGAAUACUUAAAAUUCACCAAUUUGUAUGUGAAAAAUCUGGCUGAAGACAUGACAGAGGAUGCCCUUCAUGAGAUGUUUUCUAAAUUUGGGAAGGUUUGUAAUGUUGUCAUCAUGAAGGAUGAGAAAGGAAACUCAAGAGGCUUUGGUUUUGUUAACCUUAAGUCACCAGAAGAGGCUAGAAAGGCUGUAGAUAUCUUGAAUGGUGCAAAGAUAGGUUCAAAAAUAUUGUUCGUAGGAAGGGCUCAGAAGAAAGCUGAGAGGAUAGAGAUAUUAAAACAUGAACUUGAGGAUACAUACAAGUCCCAAAUUCAGAAGUUGAAGGCCUCAAAUCUGUAUGUGAAGAAUCUAAAUGCCUCCGUUGAUGACCAAAAACUACUAGAACUCUUUGGUGGUUUUGGAAAUAUAAUUUCUGCAAGAGUGAUGCGCAAUAAUGAUGGAACAAGUAAAAGAUUUGGCUUUGUGUGCUUCUCCACUCCUGAAGAAGCAAAGAAUGCCUUGGAUGCGCUUCAUAGGUCCAAUUUCGAAGGAAGAAAUCUCUAUGUGGCAAUAGCACAGAGUAAAAGAGAUCGUUGCAAGGAAUUACAGGAAAUCUACACACAAGUUCCAGUUCUGCCUGCAUAUCCUCCGAACUGCGGUGUCAGUCCUCAAUAUGGCUCUGCUUAUUGCAGUUACAAUCCUUGCUCUCCUCCAUUCCCUUUAUUGCGCCAGCCAUUUUUAUGUCAACCUUACUCAACAAACCAUUAUCAACAAUACAAUUCCUAUGAUAUUCCAAUGGGACAGACUCAUCUGGGGAGCCUUGGGGAUGCCAGGAACUGGUUCUGCCAAGACCCUUCCUUGACAUAUUCAAUCUCUACUGUUUGCACCCAAGAUCAAAACCAUGGGAAAUAUAAGGGUCAGGAGUCUGGACACAGAAUCAAAGUGAGCCAAAUAAGUGGAUCUGCUGAAAUUGCGUCCAACAGAGCAGCUACUGGAGGUCAUGCUGCGGGGAUUUUUCCUGUGAACAACAAUAGUAAUAUUGUGGAUGUUAAUUACCUUAUUCAGCCGGAGUGCAAUGCAAAAAUAACUAGACUGCGGAUGGGAGCAAAUAACUCUGAGGUAACAAAUCCGCUAAACUCGCCAAAUUCGUCCAUUGGAGUAACUUCUGGAAGUCAUGCUGUGGUGAGCUCUCCUUUGAGCAGCAAAAGUAGAACUGGGAAUGUUAUCUACCGCCUUGUUGAUAAACUUCAGCCUCCAUGCAUUACAAAGAUAACUGGACUGCAGUUGGAUAUGAGCAAAUCUGAGACAAUGAAUCUGCAAAACACUCCAAAUUCCAUGGCCAAACAAGCUAACAAGAACUCGACAAAUUCCUUUGUUAGUCAAACAAACAACACAGAGGCAAAUGCUAGAGCAAGUGCAGAUGGUGUGUUGCUUUGCAAAACUCUAUCAGCUGCUUGAGCUACUAGCCAGUGGCAUAACACAGUUCUCACAUGCUCACCACUCCAGUUUCUGUCAACAAAAUUUUCCCCUUAUGUACAGCUGAUUUGCAAAUAGUUUUCGACUUUAGACAAGCAUGAUGCAACUUUAUGCUAUUUUGAUCUAACUGUCAAAUGUUACCUGGUACUAUCAGAUAUGAAUAGAACAUUUAGAUAUUUUCUCCACUAAUAUGAGAUCCUUGUUUCCUUUCCA